CUUGCGAUGCGUCGUCUGAAGUCUGAAACAAAAAAAGAAAGGAAGAAAAAACUGAAACAACGAACGAAAACGAAAAGAAUCCGAAGAAGGAGAAGGCGCGGACCUGGAGAUUUCCCGUUUCCGAGAUUGAACCAUGGAAGGCGACGAGGCUCCGCUGCAACACCAGAGGUCUAUCGUGGCUCCUCUGAUCUUCUCCAUCGUCGUAUUGUUCCAGUUGGCCUCGAGAAGGUUGGAGCUCCUGAAGAGGAACGCAUCUAAGAGCGAGAAGGAAGUUCAACUGCGUGCAGAAAUAAAGCGACUCUACAAAGAGGCCAGCACCUUCUCGCAGCCAUCGACAUUUGCUCAAGCGGCCAAACUUAGGAGGUCCGCAGCUGCCAAAGAGAAGGAACUUGCAAACUAUCAAGAGUCACAGGGCAAGGAGGUGAAAAUGUCUUAUGAUUUGUACAUAAAGAUUUUGUUUCUCUUAAAGGUUAUUACUUAUUCUCUUUUUGUUUGCUGGUAUUGGAAGGCUCCAGUUGCUGUCGUAUCUCAGCAACUUGUGCAGCCAUUUGGAAAGCUACUCUCCUGGAGUGCUGGUAGCCACUUAACUAACAAUGUUACGGUAAUUCUUUGUUAACUCUUUUGACUUUAACUGUCACAUGUUCUGAGUAAGUGUGAGCCUCGUGCAUUCGAGCUUCACUUUUGUGUUCGGUCACCCUAUUAUUUGUUUAUUUUAAUCGGUGUAUUAGAGUUACCGCCAACAGAAAGGGGCCUCCUUGUAGUUUUCAGAUUCAACAUGAUCGUUUCUUUGCUAUCAGGUUUUGUGAUCUUCUUAUCAGUUCAGAGAGUGAUGAAUCAAAUGUUUCUUUGCUAACAGGUUUUUUCAUUAAAUUCUUAUAUUCAGUUUAGAGAGUGAUGAAUCUAAUCUUUUUCCUUCAUAUUUCUCGUUGCAUGCUUGAUGAAUCUGCAAGUCGCUUUUUUCCUUUGUAGUCUUUGGAGCAUUAUGAAUUUAGAAGUGGCUUUUUUAUUUCAAAGCUUAAACUCUCGGACUGUGUUUGACAUGGUAUUGAUGGUGCUGCAGGUUGGGGUUAUACCUUGGUUGAUAUUAUCCACAAGGGUCAGUAAAUUCGUUGCUCGGAUCCUCAAAUAGAACAAGUUACUUGAUGAGUUACUGCGUCCCCUUCGAUAUGAGGACAACUAAUCAUACUAUACCUUCGAUGAAACAAAAACAAAAAACGAUCUCUCAUCUUUGAUUCCUGUGUAAGCAAACGGAGAUGAGGGAGUCGGAGAACCCUGUUCCCUUGUAUCAGAAUCUAUAGAGGUCAUUUCUUUCUUUCGUUUUUUCCUUGUUGAACUUGUAUAUUAAAGUUUUGGUAUAUAGUGAUCCCAAAAUAGUGGUUCUUGCAAGUGUUCCUUUUACUAUAGUACAAACUUCAUGCUAACAACUAUGUAUCUUAAUGCAAGAUUUGGGUGCCACUCUGCUGUUUUCCUUUUCUCCAGAUCGGAGUUAUAACUGCUGCAUUCUUGAUCAGGCACUCGCUCGAUUUUGUUGUUUCGUGUGGAUCUUGAUUUGGUUGAUUGAUUUCUGGUUCUGACUUGUAGAAGAUAUUUCCAAAAUGUCGGCUCAAAUACCAGAAGAACGCUAGAUGCAUGUUUG